AGCCAACAGCAUCCAAGACCCCCCCGCCCCCCAAGACCCUGCAGCUCCUCCAUCUGCACACUGGAGCUGGACGGACGAACCAGAAUGUGGAGAGCUGUGCCACUUCAACUAUUCCUUCUUUCCUUUUGCAGGGUUGCUUGGUGCCAAUCACAAGGGUGUGAACUUGGGCAGUUCCGCUGUGGGACGGGCCGAUGCAUCCCAUGGGACUGGUACUGUGACGGGACAUCGGACUGUUCGGAUGACUCUGAUGAACAUGACUGCCCUCAGAUAACAUGUGAUGAAAGUCACUUCCAGUGUCUUAGUGAUGGUGAGUGCAUCCCAGAUGUGUGGGUGUGCGAUGAUGAGGAAGACUGUGAAGAUGGUUCAGACGAGCGGCAAAACUGCCCUGGGAGGACAUGCACCAGUGGACAAUUCAGCUGUAACAACGGGGCGUGCGUGCCGGCCGAGUACCGGUGCGACCAUCUGUCUGACUGCACGGACGGCUCUGACGAGAGAAACUGCAAUUACCCAGAGUGCAUAGAUCUUAGAUGUGCUAAUGGCGCCUGUUACAAGCGGACUCAGCGCUGUGACCACAUACUCGACUGUCGGGACGGCUCUGACGAGACAAAUUGCACACAGCACUGCAAUGCAGGUCUGUUUCCAUGCCAUAAUGGGAUGUGUGUCCCUCAGCGUUACUUCUGUGACCAUGAUGACGACUGUGGGGAUCGAAGCGAUGAGCUCAACUGCACCUAUCCUUCAUGCAGGGGCGAUUACUUCACCUGCCCCAGUGGCCGCUGUAUUCACCAAGUAUGGCUUUGUGACGGAGAGGACGACUGUGAGGACAACGCAGAUGAAAAAGGCUGCGACAAUGCACGGCAGGAGUGUCACCCAGGAGAAUGGCCAUGUCCGUCCUCUGGUGCGUGCAUUCCUAUGGAUCAGCUGUGUGAUGGCACGACGCACUGUCCUGAUGGAGAGGAUGAAACCAACGCCACUGCUGGACACAACUGCAGUAUUUGGAGUUGUUCCUCUCUGAGUUGUGAACAUCGCUGCCAUCCCUCUCCUCAGGGAGGAACCUGUUCCUGUCCUUCCGGAUACAUUGUCAGCAGCAAUGACAGCCGCUCAUGUAUAGACUUUGAUGAGUGCUCAAUGUGGGGCGUGUGUGACCACCUGUGCGAAGACCGCGUGGGUUCCCAUCAUUGCAGCUGCAGGGAGGGUUACAUCCUGGAGCAGCACAGAUACUGUCGAGCCGAUCCAUCCACCGGAGUCCCGUCGUUGGUGUUUUCUAAUGGCAGAGACCUGCUAAUCGGUGACAUCCACGGCAACAGUCUGCACACUUUGGUGCAGUCACCAAACAGAGGGGUUCCAGUAGGAGUGGACUUUCAUUUUCAUCUCCAUAUGAUUUUCUGGACUGACACCAUUCAGAAUAAGGUGUUUUCUGUGGACAUGGACGGCUCCAAUAAGCAGGUGGUUUUAAAUGUAUCAGUUGACUACCCUGAGAACCUGGCGGUGGACUGGGUGAACAAUAAACUGUAUGUGGUGGAGGCCAGUGUCAACAGGAUUGACAUGGUGGAUUUGGAUGGAAGUAACCGGGUCACGCUCAUCACCGAGAACCUCGGAAACCCGAGAGGACUGGCGCUGGACCCUACUGUCGGCUAUAUGUUCUUCUCAGAUUGGGAGGCCCUCAAUGGACAACCAGGUCUUGAACGUGCUUAUAUGGAUGGAACCAACCGUUAUGGGAUCAUCAGGAGUAAACUGGGCUGGCCAGCUGGCAUCACAGUGGACAUUGAGGCCAAGCGUAUUUACUGGGUGGAUAGUCGCUAUGAUUACAUUGAAACUGCAACCUAUGAUGGGCUUCAUAGGAAGACUGUUGUUCAUGGAGGGGCUGUGGUCCCACACCCGUUUGGGAUCAGCCUGUUUGAGCACAGUGUAUAUUUCACCGACUGGACAAAGAUGGCAGUGAUGAAAGCAAACAAAUUCACAGACACACGUCCUCAGGUGGUCUACACCACGUCGCAGACGCCGCACGGUGUGGCAGUGAUACAUCCUUUUAAACAGCCACUUGUGGCAAACCCUUGCAGUGAGAGCAAAGGUGGGUGUGAUCAAAUAUGCGUUUUGAGUCACAGGAGUGACAAUGGAGGGUUAGGCUAUCGCUGCAAGUGUCGCAUCGGCUACGACCUACAAACCGAUGGCAAGAGAUGUUUGGCUGUGCGGCAGUUUCUCCUCUUCUCCAGUCAACUGGCUGUGAGAGGGAUCCCCUUCAACCUCUCCUCUCAGGAGGACAUCAUCUUGCCCAUCACUGGAUCGCCAUCCUACUUUGUCGGGGUGGACUUCAGCGCCAAGGAUGAUGCUAUCUUCUUCUCGGACACAGCAAAAGAUAUUAUCUACAAACAGAAAGUAGAUGGGACUAGCAGGGAGGUGUUGGCAGCAAACAGAGUGGAUGGUGUCGAGGACCUGGCUUACGACUGGAUUUCUACAAAUCUCUACUGGACUGACCCGCGAUACAGGAGCAUAUCCGUUAUGAAGGUUGCAGAUAAAUCCAGGCGGGCUAUCAUACAGAACCUCAACAACCCAAGGGCCAUCGUGGUGCAUCCUCUUGUUGGGUAUAUUUUUUGGACCGACUGGUACCGGCCUGCAAAGAUUAUGAGGGCUUGGGGAGAUGGAUCACAUGCCCUGUCCAUCGUAAACACCACCCUCGGCUGGCCUAAUGGUCUCGCUAUUGACUGGACCUCCAUGCGUUUGUUUUGGGUCGAUGCCUUCUUUGACAAAAUUGAGCAUAGCAAUUUUGAUGGACACAACAGGCUUUCUUUGGACCGCAUUACUCAGAUGUCGCAUCCAUUUGGCCUCACAAUUUUCGAAGGUUAUGCCUAUUUCACUGACUGGCGCCUGGGUGGAAUUGUCCGUGUCCGCAAGACUGACGGUGGCGAGAUGGUGGUGAUCCGACGAGGAAUUACUCAUAUCAUGCACGUCAAAUCUUUCAACUCCAACUCUCAAAUUGGUUCUAACCAAUGCAACCGGCCGACAAAUCCAAAUGGGGACUGUAGCCACUUUUGCUUCCCAGCCCCUGACUUUCACAGGGUAUGUGGAUGUCCGUAUGGCAUGAAGCUGUCCCCCGACCGGCAGACGUGUGUGGAGGACCCCUCAAGUGAGCCGCCAACACUGCAAUGCGGCGCUAACUCCUUCUCCUGUGGCAAUGGCAAAUGUGUCCCAAACAGCUAUCGAUGUGACGGUGUUGACGACUGCCAUGACAACAGCGAUGAGACCAAUUGUGGCAUCAACAACAGCACUUGUUCCCCUUCUGCAUUCACCUGUGCUAAUCAGCGUUGUGUGCCAGCCACGUGGCGAUGUGACAGCCACAACGACUGUCUGGACAACAGCGAUGAGUCCAGCUGCCCAACACAUGCACCCAGAACCUGCUCGGCCAAUCAGUUUACCUGCGCCAACCACCGCUGUGUCCCACUUACCUGGCGCUGUGACACGGAUAACGACUGUGGGGAUGGUUCAGAUGAAGCCGACUGCUAUCUGAGUUCGACAUGCCUUCCAGACCAGUUUCAGUGUCCAGACCAACGCUGCAUCGCACCCAACUAUAUCUGCGAUGGCGAUAGAGACUGUGUGGAUGGGGCAGAUGAGCAAGGAUGCAUCUACGACUGCACUGCAAGCCAGUUCAAGUGCACCCGAGGUCACCAGUGCAUCAACUCCUUCUACCGCUGUGAUGGUGUCUUUGACUGCACCGAUCGCUCGGAUGAGCAAGGCUGUCCAACAAGGCCUCCAGGCAUGUGCCAUCACGAGAGCGAGUUCCAGUGCCAGUCGGACGGCAGCUGUGUGCCGUCCACCUGGGAGUGUGACGGACAUGCUGACUGCCAGGACGGCAGUGACGAGCACCAAGCCUGCCCACCUCGUACGUGCCCCACCACACUCUACCGUUGUGACAAUGGCAAUUGUGUGCUGCUCAGCUGGCUGUGCGAUGGCGACAACGACUGCAGGGACAUGAGCGAUGAGCGAAACUGUCCCACGCCGCCUUUUCGAUGCCGGGGCUGGCAGUGGCAGUGUCCUGGAUAUAGUCUGUGCAUCAACCUCACCAGCGUGUGUGAUAACACUCCUGACUGUCCCAAUGGUGCAGACGAGUCUCCACUUUGCAAUGAGCCUUUGCCAGAUCAGGAGAGCUGCUCAGACAACAAUGCUGGCUGCACCCACGGUUGUAUCCAAGGGCCCUUUGGUGCCCAGUGCACUUGCCCCGUUGGCUAUCAACUGAGUAAUGACUCUAAAACUUGUGAGGAUGUUGACGAAUGUCACCCUCCUGGGUUAUGUAGCCAGCAUUGUGUUAACGAGAGAGGCUCUUUCCGCUGUCACUGCCAAGAUGGUUACACUCUGGAAGUGGACCAGCGGACCUGCAAGGCCUCAGAUUCUCGUCAAGCCUUCUUGUUGGUAGCCAGUCGGAAUCAGAUCGUGCAAGAUGACAUCAGCACUCAGCCCAACGUGGUGCAUCCGCUGGUCCGAGAUGGACGCAACAUCGUGGCCCUUGACUUCGACUCUGUCACAGACCGCGUGUACUGGUCUGACACCAGCCAGGACAGGAUCUGGAGCGCUUACAAAAAUGGCAGCGAUCGAACUGUGGUCUUUGACAGUGGGGUGACAGUGACAGAGAGCCUUGCACUGGACUGGGUGGGCCGGAACCUCUACUGGAGUGACUAUGUUCUGGAGACAAUUGAGGUUUCCAGCCUUGAUAAUACUCACCGGAGCGUGUUGGUCAGCGAGAAUGUCACAAACCCUCGAGGCCUGGUGCUGGACCCAAGAGACAGUACACACCUGAUGUUUUGGACUGAUUGGGGGAGGAACCCCCGCAUUGAGAGAGCAAGCAUGGAUGGAAAACUGAGAACCAUUAUCUUAAGCAACAAACUGUACUGGCCCAAUGGUCUUACCAUAGAUUAUCCCAACAAAUUAUUGUACUUUGCUGAUGCCUAUUUGGAUUUCAUUGACUACUGCGAUUAUAAUGGAGAGAACAGGAAACAAGUUCUGGCAAGUGACCUGGCUCUGCAACAUCCCCACGCAAUUACCAUUUUUGAGGAUUUUGUCUAUUGGACCGACAGAUACAUCAACCGCGUGAUGCGAGCCCAUAAGUGGCACGGGGAGAACCAGACAGUGAUGCUGGUCAACCUCCCUCAGCCAAUGGGUCUGGUGACUGUACACCCUGCCCGGCAGCCAACAGGAACCAAUCACUGCUUCCAGAACCCAUGCACUCACAUCUGCCUGCUCUCAGCUGUUGGACCAAUGUUUUACUCUUGUGCAUGCCCCUCAGGGUGGAUGCUGGCAGUGGACCAAGUGUCCUGCACUAGAAUUGAGGACCCUUUCUUGGUGGUGGUGAGAGACAGCAUCAUAUAUGGCAUUUCCUUGAAUCCAGAAGACAGAAGCAACAGCGCCAUGGUGCCUUUGGCUGGGCUUCAGAACGGCUACGACGUUGACUUCGAUGACACUGAACAGACCAUUUACUGGGUUGAACACCCAGGUGAGAUCCACAGAGUAAAGUCAGACGGUACCAAUAGGACUGAGUUUGCCCCUGCAGCCGUCCUGGGCUCUCCUGUAGGCUUGGCACUGGACUGGAUUACAGAAAACCUGUACUACACCACCCCGACAACACAAUCGAUUGAGGUUUUGAGGGUUACAGGGGAGGUACAGUACCGCAAAACUCUCAUCACAAACAAUGGCUCUCCAAAUGGAGCUGGUAGUCCUGUUGGCAUUGCUGUGGACCCAGCCCGUGGCAAACUGUACUGGACCGACCAAGGGACGGAGAGCGGCAUGCCUGCGAAAGUGGCUUCUGCAGACAUGGAUGGCAUGAACCCUGUUACACUAUUCACAAAUAACCUGGAUCACGUUGAGUUCCUCACAGUGGACAUUGAAGAGAACAAGCUUUACUGGGCUGUUACAAGCACCGGAAUGAUUGAAUGUGGCGAUGCAGAUGGGACUAACCGCGUCACCAUCGUGUCAGGGCUGGCUCAUCCCUGCAGUGUUGCAGUCUAUAAAAACUUCCUCUACUUCACUGACCGCGACUUUGAGGUGAUAGAGCGUGUGGACAAGUCCACAGGGGCUGACCGGGUUGUGCUACGAGACAACGUGUCUGGGCUCAGGGUUCUAAAAGUCCAUUAUCGAGAGACCGGUGCGGGCACAGCUAACGGCUGCACCAGCACCCUGGCUGUGUGCGAGCAGCUGUGCCUGCCUCGGCCAAAGGGUCAGUUUACAUGCGCGUGCGCCACAGGUUUUAAACUCAACGCUGACAACCGAACCUGCGGACAUUACCAGUCCUAUGUGGUCAUCUCUACACUAUCCACUAUCAAAGGAUUUAGUCUGGACGGGGAAGACCAUUCAGAGGCCAUGGUGCCAGUGGCUGGACGAGGCCGCAAUGCUUUACACAUCGAUGUGCACGUAGCAUCUGGCUUCAUCUACUGGUGUGACUUCAGCAGCACCGUUACAGCACAGAAUGGCAUCAGACGGAUAAAGUCAGAUGGUUCAGAAUUGCGUAGCGUUGUAACAUCUGGAAUUGGCCGCAAUGGGAUACGUGGCAUUGCCGUGGACUGGGCUGCAGGAAACCUUUAUUUCACCAAUGCCUUCCUGACAGAGACGUAUGUUGAAAUUCUUCGCCUGAACACUAAUUUCCGAAGAGUCCUAUUGAAGACCCAGGUGGACAUGCCACGCCACCUUGUGGUGGACCCCAAAAAAAGAUAUUUAUUCUGGGCUGACUAUGGUCAGAACCCCAAAAUUGAGCGAACGUUCUUAGAUGGAACCAACCGCACUGUUUUAGUAUCAUCAGGAAUUAUCACCCCACGUGGUCUUGCUCUAGACCAGGAAACUGGAUAUGUCUACUGGGUUGAUGACUCUUUGGAUAUGAUUGCUAGAGUCAACCCACAUGGAGGGGAGAUGGAGGUAGUCCGGUAUGGCAGUCGCUAUCCGACUCCUUAUGGAAUAUCCGUGUUUGAAGAGAAUAUCAUCUGGGUGGACAGGAACCUGAAGAAGGUUUUCCAAGCAAGCAAAGAGCCUGGCAGCAGAGAACAACCUGUUGUAAUUAGAGACAACAUAAACAUGCUGAGAGACGUUACUAUUUUUGACCAGCGCAAUCAGCCCACAAUAGACAAUAACCCCUGUUUGGAGGCCAACGGAGGCUGUGCCCAUUUUUGCUUUGCCCUGCCAAGCACUGAUGUUGGUCGCCCUUCCAAAAAAUGUGCCUGUGCAUUUGGAAAUCUUGCAGCCGAUAAUGAGAGCUGUGAGGUAUCAAGGGAUGACUAUCUCAUCUACACCACGGAGAGCACGGUGCGAAGCUUACGCCUGGAUCCCGAAGACCACGGCGUUCCCUUCCCUGUGAUCAAUGUGCCACGUACAUCUGUGGCGCUGGAUUUUGACCUCACUGACCAAAGGAUCUACUUCACUCAGAGCUCAGGUGCGGGGGCAAGCAAGAUCAGCUACGUCAGCCUAUCUUCUCCUACGUCAGCUCCAGUGGUAGUAGCUUCAGAUCUAGGGGCCCCUGAUGGAAUUGCAUAUGACUGGAUAAAUAAACGUAUUUACUACAGCGACUAUGCUAACCAGAGCAUCAGCUCCAUGUCUGUGGAUGGAUCCCAGAGGACUAUUAUUGCCCAUGUGUCUAGGCCAAGGGCUAUCAUGUUGGACCCCUGCAGGGGAUACAUGUAUUGGACAGACUGGGGAACCCAUGCAAAGAUCGAGCGAGCUACUUUAGCUGGUAACUUCCGGAAAGAGAUCGUGAAUAGCAGUCUGGUGUGGCCCAAUGGACUGACUUUAGACUAUGAGGAAGAGCGACUGUAUUGGGCAGAUGCCAGCUUACAGAAGAUUGAAAGAUCCUCUCUGACUGGAUCAAAUCGUGAGGUCAUCGUCAGCACGGCCAUCUAUCCCUUCGCCAUGGCCAUGUUUGAGCAGUUCAUCUAUUGGACGGACUGGAACACACGUAGCAUCUACCGGGCCAACAAAUACGACGGUUCCGAUCAAACAGUAAUGAUUCAGAACAUCCCCUCCAGGCCCAUGGAUAUUCAUGUUCUGGCCAGCGGGAAGCAUCAUCAGUGUGUCAGUCCCUGUCAGCAGUUCAAUGGAGGCUGCAGCCAUAUCUGUACACCAGGGCCUAAUGGAGCUGAGUGUCACUGUCCGUUAGAGGGCUGGUACCUUGCUGACAAUAAGCAUUGCAUCCCUGAUAAUGGUACCCGUUGCCAGGCGGGCCAGUUCACCUGCCUGAAUGGCCGCUGCAUUCGUGCCCAGUGGAAGUGUGAUAAUGACAAUGACUGCGGAGAUGGCAGUGAUGAGCUGGAGAGAGUUUGUGCCUUUCACACAUGUGAGCCUACAGUGUUUACCUGUGGCAAUGGGCGAUGUGUGCCUUACCACUAUCGCUGUGACCACUAUGAUGAUUGCGGCGACAAUAGCGAUGAGGGCAGCUGUCUGUUCAGACCAUGUGACCCCAAUGCUGAGUUUGCCUGCAACAAUGCCCGCUGCAUUGCUAAGGAUUACGUUUGCAAUGGCAUCAAUAACUGCUAUGACAACGGCACCACAGAUGAGCAAAACUGCCCUGAGAGAACCUGCCAGCCGGAACACACAAAGUGUCAGUCAACCAACAUUUGCAUCCCACGUUCAUACCUGUGUGAUGGAGAUAACGACUGUGGAGAUAUGAGCGACGAGAGUACUACACACUGUGCAACAUCCACAUGUUCCGAAAGCGAGUUCCGUUGUUCCAGCGGUCGUUGCAUCCCGGCCCACUGGUACUGUGAUGGAGGGGCCGACUGUGCCAACGGAUCUGAUGAACCCCUCUUCUGCAGCAGGGAAGCCAGAACCUGCAAUGCAGAUCAGUUUGGUUGUGAUGAUGGAAGGUGCAUCGCCUCAUCCUGGAUCUGUGAUGGCGACAAUGACUGCGGUGACAUGAGUGACGAAGAUCAGAGGCACAAUUGUGCCAACCGCACAUGCUCCAGCCUGGAGUUCACCUGCGAGAACAACCGGCAGCCUCAGCGCAAGUGCAUUCCUCGCGACUGGCUGUGUGAUGGCGAUGCGGACUGCACAGACGCCUUGGAUGAGCAUCAGAACUGCACCCGUAGAUCCUGUGGCAUCAAUGAGUUCACAUGCAGCAAUGGCCUCUGCAUACGUAGUUCUUACAGGUGUGACCGACGCAAUGACUGCGGUGACAGCAGCGAUGAACAGGGCUGCGCCUACCAGCCCUGUCAGCAGCAGCAGUUCACCUGCCAGAAUGGCCGAUGCGUGUCACAUGACUUUGUCUGUGACGGGGAUAACGACUGCGGCGAUAAGUCAGACGAGCUGGAGCACAUGUGCCACACCCCCCCGCCCACCUGUCCCCCAGGAGAGUUCAUGUGUGACAACGGACACUGUAUUCCCCUCAGCCAGGUGUGCAACCGCGACGACAAUUGCUCCGACAACAGUGACGAGAAGGGAUGCGGUAUUAAUGAGUGCACAGACCCAUCCAUCCAUCACUGCGACCACAAUUGUUCUGACACCCACACUAGCUUCAUCUGCACGUGUCGCCCCGGCUACCGCCUCAUGUCCGACGGCAAAACGUGCGACGAUGUCAACGAGUGUGCCGAUACGCCGAGCGUGUGUGGCCAAGUGUGCGAGAACACGGUGGGCUCGUACGUCUGCAAGUGCGCCCCGGGGUUCCUACGCCAGCCGGAUGGGCGCAGCUGCCGCCAGAACAGCAACAUCUCGCCAUACCUCAUCUUCAGCAACCGCUACUACCUCAGGAACCUGUCCACGGACGGACAGGCCUACUCGCUGAUCCUGCAGGGUCUUACCAGUGUGGUGGCCGUAGACUUUGACCGCGUGGACAAGCGCAUGUAUUGGAUCGACGUCAGCCGCAGAGUGAUUGAGAGGAUGUUCUUCAACGGCAGCGCCAGAGAGGUGGUGGUCAAUGGGGUUCUGCAUGGCGAGGGCCUUGCGGUCGACUGGGUUGGCAGAAAACUCUACUGGGUGGACAGUUUCAUGGAUUGCCUUAAAGUAGCGGAACUAGAUGGGCGUUUUGUGAAGAAACUGGCGGAACACUGUGUGGAUGCCAAUAACACAUUCUGCUUUGAGAACCCCAGAGCCAUGGUGUUGCAUCCCAAACAUGGAUAUGUGUACUGGACCGACUGGGGAGACAAAGCCUUCAUAGGUCGAGUUGGAAUGGACGGAACUAACAAAGUAGCGGUCAUCACCACCAAGAUAGAGUGGCCCAAUGGACUCACCAUUGACUACACCAAUGACAAGCUGUAUUGGUCUGACGCACAUUUGAACUACAUUGAGUACUCAGACCUGGAUGGUCACCACAGACACACAGUGUAUGAUGGAGUCUUGCCUCACCCGUUUGCCCUGACCUUGUUCGAAGACACGGUGUACUGGACAGACUGGAACACACGCACGGUGGAAAAAGGCAACAAGUACGACGGUUCUGGUCGCCAGGUUCUGGUCAACACCACUCACAGACCUUUUGACAUUCACGUGUGCCAUCCCUACAGGCAGCCUAUUGUAAACAACCCCUGUGGGGUGAACAAUGGAGGUUGCACUCACCUGUGCCUCAUCCGUCACGGGGGACGGGAACACACCUGCGAGUGUCCUGACCACUUCCUGGCAAUGCAAAUAGGAGGUGUGACCAGAUGCCUUCCCAUGUGCACCAGCACCCAGUACAGAUGCACAAACAAUGAACGUUGUAUUCCAAUCUGGUGGAAGUGUGAUGGUCAGCAAGACUGCAGAGACGGCUCAGACGAGAUGUCCACCUGCCCCGCUCGCCACUGCCGACUCGGCCAGUUCCAGUGCAACGACGGUAACUGUACCAGUCCGCAUUUCCUGUGUAAUGGCAAACAGGAUUGCCACGAUGGCUCAGAUGAAGAUCCUGUGCUGUGUGUGACACACCAAUGUGAACAACACCAGUGGCAGUGCGGGAAUAAGCAGUGCAUCCCUGAGUCGUGGCAGUGCGACAGAGAAAAUGAUUGUGCUGAUCAAUCAGAUGAAGACCCGUCGCAUUGUUCCACCAGGACAUGUCGCCCCGGACAGAUGAAAUGUCGUAAUGGACGCUGCAUCCCUCAGAGUUGGAAAUGUGACACGGAUGAUGACUGCGGGGACAACUCUGAUGAGCCUCUAGACGAGUGCAUGGGGCCGGCGUAUCGAUGCGACAACCACACCGAGUUCACCUGCAAGACCAACUACCGAUGUGUGCCGCUGUGGUCGCUGUGCAACGGCCACAACGACUGCAGAGACAACAGUGACGAGGAGGACUGUGAUGAGUUGGCCUGCGACACCAGUGGUGACUUCCAGUGUGACAACCAUCGCUGCAUCCCACUAAGGUGGCGCUGUGACGGCGAUGACGACUGUGGGGACAACUCUGACGAACGCAGCUGCAUACCGCGCACUUGCACCGAGAGCGAGUUCCGCUGCAAUAAUCUGCGCUGCAUUCCUGACCGCUGGGUCUGUGACCAUGACAACGACUGUGAGGACAACUCGGAUGAAAGGGACUGUGAGCUACGCAUAUGCCACCCUGGUUACUUCCAGUGUGGAAGUGGACACUGCAUCGCAGAUCGCUUCAAAUGUGACGGCAAUGCAGAUUGUGUUGACUACACAGACGAGUCGUCGUGUCCGCCCCGUUUUCCAAACGGUACGUACUGCCCGCACUUCCUGUUUGAGUGCACCAACCACGUCUGUGUCCAGCCUCACUGGAAGUGCGACGGAGACGACGAUUGUGGAGACAAUUCUGACGAGGGGCUUCACCUUUGUUUGACAGUCCAAUGUGAGACGCAGUUCCGUUUCCGCUGCGACAACAACCGCUGCAUCUACAGCCACGAGCUGUGCAACUCUGUGGAUGACUGUGGUGACAACUCAGACGAGAGACAAGAAAACUGCCAAAGCCCCACACAUGGACCCUGCACAGAGGAAGAGUACAAAUGCAGUAAUGGACAAUGUGUUCCUCUUCAGUACGCCUGUGACGAUUAUGACGACUGCGGGGACCAAUCGGAUGAGCUCGGUUGCCACCAGCAGAGCGGACAAUCUUGCAGUGACCACAUAUGUGAACACAACUGUACUGACUUGACCGACGGAGGCUUUCUGUGCUCCUGCAUGCCGGGCUAUUGGGCCAAAAACACCGAAAGACACACCUGUGAAGAUAUAAACGAGUGUGAGGUGUACGGCAUUUGUCCGCAAGAGUGCAAGAACACCAAGGGAAGCUACGAGUGUUUCUGUGCCGAAGGAUUUGAUUCCUUCGGCGAACCGCAUGGCACUGAGUGUGCUGCCCGAGGAAAUCCACCAGUGCUUCUCCUGCCGGAUAACGUCCGCAUCCGCCGUUUCAACCUGUCGUCAGAGCAGUACUCUGACUAUGUUGACAACGCAGAGCAUAUUCAAGCUCUAGACUACCUUUGGGACCCAGACAAACAAGGCCUCAGUAUUGUCUACUGGACAGUUCUUGGUGGAGCAUCUGAAUUUGGCUCCAUCAAACGAGCAUACAUGACCACCUUCAAUGAUCAAGGCAACAACCCUGUUAGAGAUGUGGACCUCAACCUGAAAUACGUGGCUGAUCCUGAGGGCAUCGCUGUGGACUGGGUUGGCGGGCAUAUUUACUGGACAGACGCAGGUACCAAUCGCAUUGAGGUGGCCAAGUUGGAUGGGCGCUACAGGAAGUGGCUGGUCCACACUGACCUCGACCAGCCUGCCGCUAUUGUUGUCAAUCCAGCACUUGGAACGAUGUACUGGACAGACUGGGGCAGGAAGCCCAAAAUAGAGUCAGCGUGGAUGGACGGCCAAAACAGACAGGUGCUGGUUGGCAAAGAAGACUUGGGCUGGCCUACUGGUCUCGCUUUGGACUAUCUGAACGGAAACAGAAUCUACUGGUGUGACUCUAAAGAAAACAUAAUUGAGUCCAUGAGGCCUGAUGGCACAGACAGAAAGAUCAUCAUAUCAGGAGAUGUUGGAAAUCCAUACAGCGUUGACCUGUUUGAGGGCCACGUGUACUGGACCACAAAGGAGAAAGGGGAAGUGUGGAAGACUGAUCAGUUUGGGAAAGGAAGCAAAGUCAAAGUUUUAACCAUCAACCCCUGGCUGACUCAGGUCCGCAUUUAUCAGGAGCAUCGACACAACCAGUCAGUGCCCAACCCGUGCAAGAAUGUGUGUAGUCACCUGUGUCUCCUCCGGCCUGGUGGAUACACCUGUACCUGCCCGCAAGGUUCCUCUCUGAUGGAUUUUGACUCGAGGGAAUGUGAUGCAGCCAUUGAAGCACCUGUAGCAAUGCCCCUGGCAUGCAGGUGCAUGAACGGCGGGAGCUGCUUUACAGAUGAAGGAGGUCUGCCCAAAUGCAAAUGUCCUUAUGGUUAUGUGGGAAGCUACUGCGAGAUGGGCAAGUCACGAGGUGCUCCAGCAGGAACAGCUGUGGCAGUUCUACUGGCAGUCAUCAUGGUCAUCAUUACUGGAGCUUUGGCAGUCGGAGUCUUCCUCAACUACAAACGGACCGGAUCCUUCAUCCCCUCCAUGCCCAAGCUGCCCAGCCUCAGCAGUCUGGUGAAGUCCAGUGACACGGGGAAUGGGGUGACCUUUCACUCUGGUGACAAUGUGGAUCUCGGACCAACGCAUAUUGGUGUGUCAUUCAUUGACACCAGCAUGCAGAUGGAUGAUAACUUCGCCAUGGAAGCUGCCAGACAUCCUGUCACUUUCGAGAACCCGUUAUACGCCAACACACCUGCUGUCAUUCACGCCUCCCAGAUGACAGUUCAUUUAAGUGGUGAGCCGCCAGUACAAAACAAUUUUGUCAACCCGGUGUAUCGUGCAGAACACAGCGAGGUUCUUGUCAAUACGUCGUCUGUCACACCAAAACCAGUUGAGGAGUCAACAUGGAGAUUAUUCAAGCGCAAACUGAAGCCGAGCCUCGCAUUUGAGAACCUGUCCUACUUCAAGAUGAAGGACGAGAAGCCCGAAGAAAGCGGCGGAGACACUCUGGCGCCUGAGCCCUCGCCCACUAAACCUCCGAGGAGGGAUCACCAUCAUCAUCACCAUCAUCAUCAUCACACCAGCACCUUUUCCCCCACAGAGGACAGUUUCAAAGACACAGCCAACCUGGUCAAAGAGGACGGUGACGUAUAACCCCGGCCAGAGAUCACACUUUGCACAGAAUUUAUUUUUUUAUGCAGCCUGUGAGAGAAAAAAAAAAACGAUUACAUUUCAAGAAUGAAGAAGAAAAAAAAAGUAUAUGCCUUGUGACAUUUCAUAUGCCAAUUCUUUAUUCUGAUGUUUAUAUCUUUUGCACUGAUAAAUAUGUUGUAUAUUUGUAAAUUUCAAUAUUAAUGAGUAGUUCAUGUUGCCAUAAGAUAAAAGGUGUCCAAUAUAUAUAUCUACAUACACGCACCUCAAACAUGCAGUUGAACAAAUGUGACUUCAUGACUCCUGAUGGACGCCACACUUGACCAUGGAAGAUGAUUGAUGAAAAGCCACAGAAGAGAAGAGAAGUCAUCUUGUCUCACAAUGAUUCCCAAUAAGUCUGUACACUUGAAAUGGUGGAAUAAAAGUUGUAUUUUGUGCC